AUGGAGGAAAAGAAAGGGCCGUGUCUCCGGAGCUCGGAUCGCUGCUUUUCCGACCCUGUGGAGAUGCCAGCACAGGCUGAGAUUGAAGGAGACAUGUGCCUGGUAGUGGAUGGGCAGUUUGGUGCAGAAAUCUGCCCCAGCCAUGUUUCCAGGUCUGUGUCUCCCACUACGACAUCUCAGAUACAAGCCAGGAAGAAGCGGAGAGGGAUCAUUGAGAAGCGGCGCCGUGACCGUAUCAACAGCAGCCUCUCCGAACUGCGGCGCCUGGUGCCCACCGCCUUUGAGAAGCAGGGAUCUUCCAAGCUGGAGAAGGCAGAAAUUCUACAAAUGACAGUAGAUCACUUAAAAAUGCUUCAUGCCACUGGAGGAACAGGUAAGAACUGCUCUUAUACUCUGGCCGUGGAUUACAGGAGUAUUGGCUUCCGCGAAUGUCUCACUGAAGUUGUCAGGUACCUGGGCAUCCUCGAGGGCCAAAAUGCCGCUGACCCCAUCCGGCUGCGACUCCUCUCCCACCUGAAUAAUUACGUGGCAGAAAUGGAGCCUUCGCCUGUGGCCACUUCCCUCCUGCCCAUCCAGACGUGGCCGUGGUCCUUCCUCCACGGUGCUGCUGGUCCUGUGCAAAUCCCCAGGAGGGAGGCUGCUCCCACUCCGGUUGUUUUGACUGCAUCUUCCCUGGCUUACCCAAGCCCUGCUGUGAGGCCAGCCCCGCUUCGCCGUGUCCCCAGCGACAUGCUGCCGUCCCGCCGAAGCUUCCUGGCCAGCAGGAUGGCCUCUUCCAGCCGGAGAGCCCGAGGCACAGCUGUAGCAGCCGUGCCCAGGAUGCCGUCGCCAGCGGGCGUGUUGAGAGAGGGUUCGUCCAAGAGCAGCCAAAUCGCAACGUUCCUCUUCUCACCAGCCUCCGCUGGCGUCCCUGUUCCACCAGCUUACACGGUGCCUCCUGCCUUGGGCGCUGCUGCGCAGGGACCCGGGAUCAGGGUUGGGACAUCCAGGAUCUGUCGCUCCUGGGCGACUGAAAUCGGGGCUUUCUGA